UAUCUAAAUUCAACAGAUGGCGCAACUGUACUUCCUGUAAAUUGAUACUAAGAAUGGCUUUGGUGUAAUAAUGAAUAAGAAGUGGUAUAUUAAUAUCUUAAUAUUUUUGGCCCAUAUAUCCACUUUAUCUUCUGUUCGUGUUUGUGAGCCAGGUACAUUUGGAUGGCAUUGUAAGUUUUCCUGUUAUUGUGCUGAGGGCAGCUGUGACCCAGUCACCGGGGCCUGUCCCUCGGGCUGUAAACAGAACCGCUAUGGCCCUGGAUGUCAGCUCUUAUCUGUGUUUCGUUACUCGGUAGACGCUCAUGGAUAUCAGGGGAACACUGACAGAACCGUAGAUGGAGAAGAAUGUGUUCCAUGGAACAACACUGUAUUUAUUGCUAUGUAUGGCUUGAAAUCCUCAGAUUUUCCAGACAAGGCGAUUCCUGGUGCUGUUUGUCGAAAUCCACUGAACCCCAAAAUGAAUGGACUGGAGGGAAAAGGACCCUGGUGCUUCACUAACUUCAUAGAGAAAUCGAAAUAUUUUGGGUCAUGUGAUAUUCCACUAAGAGGAUGUGAUUCUGGAAGAUUUGGUGAGAUGUGUGAGUUCGAGUGCCAUUGCAAGGAUGAGGACUCAUGCACUCGUCUAGGGACCUGUCCAUCUGGAUGUCAUCCAGGCUGGCUCAAUACAACCUGUCAAACAUCAUGUAAGUCGGGUUACUAUGGAGAUGGUUGUCUGUCCACAUGUGGAAACUGUAAAUCGGGACUGUGUGAUUUUGAAUCCGGGGAAUGUGAUGGAGGAUGUUCAACUGGCUGGAAAGGAAAACUGUGCAAGACUGGCUGUGCUGAUGGAGAAUAUGGGGAGAAUUGCUUGGGGGUUUGUGGGGCGUGUCGCAGACCUCCAUGUGAUGUCCAUACCGGUCAGUGUGAGGGUGGGUGUCAGGACGGUUAUAGAGGAAUUCUCUGUAAAACAGAAUGCGAGGCUGGGUAUUUCGGAACUAACUGUAGCAGGACGUGUGGCCACUGCAUGACAGGAAGCUGCCAUUUUGAGACAGGGGUGUGUUCAAGUGGAUGUAAGCCAGGAUGGCAGGGAAUCCAGUGUCUGGAGGCUUGUGAUGAUUUCACGUUUGGUGAGAACUGCUCCACUAAGUGUGGGGCAUGUCAUGGUAUGACCCCUUGUGAAAAGGAGACAGGGCUUUGUACUGGUGGGUGUGAGGAGGGAUUUGUUGGUGACCAGUGUAUGGAUUUGGUCCCAAGGGAGUUAUCGGACAACACAUCGCUAGGAAGUGCUAUUGGAGGCGUGAUAGCAGGACUGGUUAUAAUAGCCAUCAUAGUAGUGGUUGUCCUCUUCAUUAGACGAAGAAAGUUACAGCAACUAACAUUUGAUAAAAAAGGACAAGACGAAGAAAGGCGACCAGUAGAAUUGACUCAGAGUAAAGAAACAGAUCAACUGAUUGCUAAUGAAUCCUCCAUGUCUGAUCACCUUGACGACACAGAUCCCAAUCUGAAUGAACCAAUAUAUGCCAAUGUCAACACCAAGAAACAGAGCAGUCCUAUCAAAGUGGCCGACUUGUUUGAUUACAUCCGAGAAAACAAGAAAAAUGAGUGCGAGGGAUUCAAAAAAGAGUUCAAUGAACUCCCACACGGAUUAAUGGCACUCUGUGAUGAAGCUAAGAAAUCAGAAAACAAACCUAAAAAUAGAUACGGAAACAUCACAGCCUAUGACCACUCCCGUGUUGUGUUGGAUCCACUCCCUAAUGAUCCCAACUCAGAUUACAUUAAUGCCAACUUCAUAGAUGGCUACAACAGGAAAGGAGCUUAUAUAGCAUCGCAAGGUCCCACUAAGGUGAUGAUUCGAGAUUUCUGGAGAAUGAUUUGGCAGAAGCGAGUCUGUAAAAUUGUCAUGCUUACCAACUUAAUGGAGGCCUGCAAGAAAAAAUGUGAGCAGUAUUGGUCGGAGGAAGGGGCAGCUAAAUACGGGGACAUUACCGUGGAGAUGUUAGACACGGCAGUGUUUAAUGAUUUUGCCAUCAGAACCUUCAAAAUUGCUGCAAAUGGAGCAAGUCGUAUUGUGAAACAGUUUCACUUCACCAGUUGGUCAGAUCAUGGUGCCUUGAUUUACCCCACCCCUCUGUUGACCUUUAGACGAAAAGUUCGGAUGUACAGUCCUGACAGCACAGCCCCUAUAGUGGUUCACUGCAGUGCUGGUAUAGGCCGCUCAGGGACAUACAUUGCCUUAGACUAUCUACUGGACCAGGCUAAAAAUGAGAAUAUUGUAGACGUAUUGAAGUGUGCUCAGCUGAUGAGAGCCAACAGAAUCAACAUGAUUCAAACAUGGGAGCAGUACGUGUUUGUUUAUGAGACAAUACUGGAAGCAACCAUGGCAGGGGAGACAACUAUUGCACACUCGGCAUUCCGUGCCCAGUACGAGGAGCUGUGUCUACAACCAGACAAUGGGGGACCAACCAAAAUGGAGGAACAAUUUAAGGUGCUGCAGAAAUUAACCACUGGUAUUGAUAGUUCCCAGUUUAAAGAAGCAUUAGACCCUGACAACGUCAGCAAAAACAGGGUGAAAAACAUCCUACCAGCAAAGCGAUGUCGUCCAAAUUUGUACACCCAAGUUGAGGGCUGCAAUAACUAUAUUAAUGCCAUGUUUCUACCUGGCUACCUCCAUCGUGACUCUUUUAUUGUGACACAGAUGCCUCUCCCUAACACAGUCGCUGAUUUCUGGAGAAUGCUGUACGACUAUAACUCUCACACUGUAGUCAUGCUGAAUGAGUUUGAUAGAAAUGACAAGAGUUGUGCUUUGUACUGGCCCGAGGAGUAUGGUUAUACAGUGGAGUACGACCCACUCAGUAUCGAGUUACUGUCAUCUACUGAGGAUAACAAUGUCUCCAUCAGAAUCUUCAAACUCAGCAAUCGCAUCAAAAAAGAGGAGCGAGCAAUCAAACAGUUCCAGUUAAAAUCCUGGACAGAGACCCAGAUAGUGCCAAAUAACCCUGACUCCAUGAUGCAGAUCAUAGAGAUGGUUUAUGAUUGGAUGAAACAGAAUGGCAAAGGACCAAUCACAGUCCAUUGCAUGAAUGGUGCUAAGAAGAGUGGCUUAUUCUGUGCCAUUAAUCUGAUGUUUGAGAGAAUGCAGCGAGACCAUGAAGUGGACGUUUUCCAAACCCUAAAAACCAUACGAGUCAACCGACCUCAGUUCAUAGAGGACAUUGAGCAAUACCAGUUCUGUUACCAGAUGGCACUCAAGUAUCUGGACUACAAUGACCUCUGAAUGUUACAGAACUUCAUGGACUUAAAUCUAGAGUCUUCAUCUAAACAUUACAGAUCUGAAUGGACUUAUGGUUGAAUGGGCUUAUAAGUCCCAGCUUAAAUAGAAUCUUCAGCAUUAACAUGACAUUGUGUUAGUUACAUGUAGUUCAAUAUCAUAUAACGAUAGCUGUUAUAAUGUCUCUACAAUACCAAGUUUUUAUAUCCAUAUAAUGGUAAAUUUGUGACUUGAUCUGGUUAACAAGUGCUCUAAGCAUUCCCUGGUUGUAGAACCAGUCUGGUUCUUUCUUGGUUGUGUUACUUUUUAUAGACAGGUUGUCUGGUUUAUUGAAAGCUUUACUAGUUGUUCUGUACACAGUUUACCCUUACAUGCAGGUUGUGAAAUAUUCCGUACUGUGAUUUGUAUAAACAUUUUUCUUUAUCAUUUUUUAAUAGUUAUAUAUAUUUGUCAGAAUGUAUUAAAAUAUGGUUAAGUAUUACUGUGUAAAGAUAUAUAUUUUUAUAUGUAUGUUUUAAUCUUAAGGCUAUUUUAACAUUCCAAUUACAGAUUAUGAUGUUAUAAAAUUCAGCUACAUGUAUGUGGGUAUUUAAAUGACUGCAUUUUGUUUUUAUUAUUCAGAAUUCAAAAAAAAAAAUAAUAUUGAUGUUAGAUACAUAUACAUGCAUCUGCACUAUGAAGAAACAUUUUAACUGAUGUGAUGAAAUAUGUACUGUUUAAGAUAGGUUUUCAUAAAUUUAUUUUACUGAUUCUGUUCUCGAACUCUAAGGACCAAAUUACUUUCAUUCCAGAUCUUUUUUUGCAUCAGUAAUCCAUUACUCUCAGCCUAAAUACAUGUGUUUACCUGGUAUGGGGCCAAACUUUGAGUGGCAUAAAAAUUUACAGUAAAUGAAUGCUCAUAAUCUUGGGAAUACUCAGUUCACAUUGAUAAAUUCUAAAUCUUUUUACUUCAUAUAAAACUUGUUCAUUUCUGCAUAAGAAUCUUUGUUCAUAAUUAUUAUAUUUCAUGAAUAUUAAUUAAAAUAAAAAAUUUGAAAGAAUUUCUUUUUCAGCUGUGGUUCAACUUUUAGAAAAGGUUUUGGUAUAUUGAUAUGGUUGUAUAUUGAAUUUUAUCAUCUAAUGAAUACUGUAUUGUGUGUAAACCUUUUGGGUUGUUAAACAACUGCUUUCUUAAUUCAUUAUGUACUGUCUUACAAUGUUAUAAACAUUCCUUUGUUCAUGCUUACUUGUAUAUAAAAUGUAAAUAUUAAUAUUCAUACAAAAGUCCUUUCUGUAUAUACAUGUAUUUCUUUGUAUCGGUAUAUUUUACUUACUCCUUAUGUAUUCUUUAUCAUUUUCUCCAGGUCUUCAAUCAAUUUUAAAGAAAUGUGUACAUGUACACAUAAAGUCAUAAAAAAUUGGUAAUAUUGAAAUUUUAAGGUACAUGUAUUUAACCCCUACCAAUAGACCACACAUAUGCCUUAGAAUGAUUAUAGUUAUUUUGUAGAUAACUGAAGGUAACAUUGUUUUUGGUUUUUACUUCUUUUCAUGGUAUCAAUAAUAUUGUUUUAUAGCUUCUGUUGAGUCAGGCCCUUUUUUUUUUUAAAUUUCAUUUUGAACAAAACUUAAAUGUAAAAUAGAAGGACAUUUAUGUUACUCCAAGUUUUGCCAAAACAAUCAUGUUAUAUAAAUACAAUGAAGCUUAGAUAAGUAAAAUAAAAACAAGAAUGAAAAAGAA